CCCAUGGGCUUCCCUGGCCUGCUGUGCGUGCAAGCACCUGUGGGGAGGGCAGAGGGCUGAGCUUCAGCCUGAGCCACAGCAGCCCAGGAACAAGCAUGGAAAUGACUUUCUUCUUGCAGAUGGAGCUGCGGACUCCGAGCUCCAAUACCUGCCUACGCCCCCAUGACUUAUUCCUACGGCAACCUGGCUUAUGACUACGGCGCGACUCGCAUCGUGGGCGGCACAGGUGCCAAGCCAGGGUCCUGGCCAUGGAUUGUCAGCAUCCAGCAUCCCUGGGCACCACGCCUGGGGCAUUUCUGUGGAGGGUCCCUCAUCAGCACACAGUGGGUCCUCACAGCAGCUCACUGCUUCGACGACUAUAAUAACAUCAGCAUGGUGUAUGUUGUGAUUGGGGCCACCCAGUUGACUCAGCCAGGCCGUGAUGCACGAAUACGCAGUGUCAGGCAGGUGCUGAUACAUCCAUACUACAAUCCUGCCGACAUGAGCUACGAUAUUGCUCUGAUGGAAUUGGAUCGUCCCGUCCAGUGCAGCCCCUACAUCCAGCUGUCCUGUGUGCCCGACAUCACACUGAAAGUGUCAGAACUGCAAAACUGCUGGAUUGCUGGAUGGGGUGCAACUAGUGCAAGAGCUCAAGAUUCAAGCAAAAUUGGCAAGGUACUACAGGGGGCUUCUUCCUCUCUCUGCUCACAGCUCAAAACUCAAGCGAUGUCCUACAGGAGGCUGAGGUCCAGCUCAUCGAUGUCCAGCUCUGCAACAGCAGUGACUGCUCUCCACGACAUCGAUGUCCAGCUCUGCAACAGCAGUGACUGGUACGCAGGGGAAAUCCACCCCUACAACUUGUGUGCUGGUUACCCAGAGGGCAAAAUCGACACCUGCCAGGGUGACAGCGGUGGUCCUCUCAUGUGCCAGGACAAGAACGCUGACUUCUGGUGGGUUGUUGGAGUGACCAGCUGGGGAAGAGGCUGUGCCAGAGCAAAGCGGCCUGGCGUCUACACCUCCACUCAGCACUUCUAUGACUGGAUCCUGGCCCACACAGGCUCAAACGCAGUUGGAAGGCAUUCUUUGACAUCACAAGGCUGGAGUCAGACUGCAUACCCAACAUUUCAGAAUCCAUGGCCAACACAAUCCCCCACUUAUAACCCAUGGGCAACACGACCUCCCACUCAGACGUCAUGGGCAACACGACUCCCCACUUAUAAACCAUUGCCUACAUCAUUCCCCACUUAUAAACCAUUGCCUACAUCAAUGCCCACUCAGAAUCCAUGGACGACAGUACCCCCCAUUCAAAAGCCAACACCAUCCGUCGAGGUUAGCUCUUGCCCAUUUCCACUCGACAAACUGGUAGGCUUCUUUAAGAUGAUGAAGAAGCUCCUUAAUGAGGUCCUUGGACUGAACACAGCUUGAGCAGCAGGACCGAAAGGAUCCAGGGCAGGCUGCAGUACUCAGCAACCAUUUCCUGCUGGGGUAAUACCUGUUGAUCCAAAAUUAGCCUUGGUGUCAAAAGCCUGCUCUGUCCUGCCCACACUUCUCUCCAGUGUGCAGGCAAACAGAGUUGACCUAGUUGUUGAAAUAAAAUUACCUAUGCUCAAAGUGAAUCAGCUUUUCAGUGCAAU